AUGCCCCUUGCGCCGAGCGGGGCAGAGCGAGCCGGCAGCCGCUCCCCGCCUCAGCAGCCGCCUCCGGCCAUUGCCGAGCGGUUCCGGACUUUGCCGAACCUCUCCCCCUUCUGGCCGGGCUGCGCCGGCGGCAACGUGGCAGCCGCUGCCCGCCCCCCGCCUCCCGCGAUUCAAACACGGCAUCCUCGCCUCGCCCCGCCGGCGGGCAGCCAAUGGGGAGCCGCGCGCCGCACAGACCGAAAGGAGGCUACACCAAUCAUAACGCGAAUCCAUAUCAAGCGACCAAUGAGAGCGAAGAGAGGGUGGGCCCGGGGCAGCCGCGCCCCCCCGGCUCGCGGUGCGCAGCCUCCCGUCAGAAGAGCGUGGCGUGGCGUCCAGGUGCGGGCCGGAGUGCGGGAGGGAAGGGCGGACCGGGGAGCCUGCAGUCCGAAGAGGGCUGGCUCCAUCCCCGCACCUCCCUCGAGCGGCCGCCGCUCGCUGUCGCCUCUUUACCGCACAAAGCGGAGGGAGCCGUGUGUCCUCUCCCGGGAUCUGCUGAAAAACGAGCCGAACUUCCCUGUUUUUGACAGAGGAGCCCUUCCAAGGGUGCAGCCCGCAGCUCGGGCUCGGCGGGGCGGCACCGGCCGCUGCCGCAGCCCGGCCGCCUCCGGGAGCGCCGCUGAGCGCCUCCCCUCAGCGCUGCCCCUCGGCACUAGCACCGCGUUCGCUCUGCUCUCCGUCCUAAUGUGGUGCCAGUCGCGUCAGAGGGAUGAGGAAGAUCGUGCGUCCAACCAGUCUGUCAGGGCUGUGAGCAUUGCACAGCGGUUUGGGACCCAGAACGGCAGAGCAGGAUGGCAGCUAGUGCCCCUCAGGCAACGAAGAAGAGAACCGUACUCUUGGAAGAUGAAGAUUCUUUGGGGAAUUCAUGCUAAUGCAUUGGCAUAUUCUAUGACUACCUUGGGUGCUGGAAUGAUGAAUAGCAUUUUUAAUUUCUACUACGUUAAGCUUUUCCUAAACCGAUACAAAAUUUCAGAAACGGCAUUUCAUGUAGCACAGGUUGUGUUUAUGAUCUGGAACGCCAUCAACAAUCCCCUUUUUGGGUACAUCCAAGACAACUGCAGGCUGAAGUGCUGCGCCAGGCGCCAGGUCUCCAUUUUGUACGGAGCCCCUCUGUACGGCCUGGCCUUCCUGCUGCCGUGGUUCCCCUGGCGGCGCUACGAGGAGGGCGACUGGGUGGGCGGCCUGCAGCUGGCGGCCGCGCUGUGCGCCUUCGACGGGCUGCUGACCUCCGUGCUGCUGGCGCAGUGCGCGCUCUUCGCCGAGAGCCCCAGCAGGCACGAGGGCAGGCUCCAGCUCAUCAGGUACAACCAGGUGGCAACGCUGCUGGGCUCCACGAGCGUUCUCUUUUGCGGGCUCGUGUCGGAUAAUAUGGAAAACUUCGCUUAUUUUCAGGCUUUCACCGUUUUGAUCGCAGCGCUCGCGACAGUUUGUAUGUGUUGCACAGGUAAAUGCAGCACAAGUCAGUACGAGCAGAGGGAAAUUCAUACUGAGGAUGCUAAUCUGGAAAACAGGGAUGGAGCUUUCUCCUUGGCCUCAGUGGUUUCAUUGACGAAACAGAUCAUGACAGAGAAGAACUUUCUAUGUUUUGUAACAAUGAAUUUCUUCCAAGUCUUCCACCUAGCCUUCUACAACAAUUUUAUGAUGAUCUUUGCGGAUAAUCUUAUUCCUAAGGAUGUCCUUUCUUCCUCAGUAAGAAGUAUCAUGUAUGGAGCAGGUUUUAUUUGUCCUCAGUGCCUUGUUCUUCUCAGUCAUGCUUCAUUGAAGAAGUUUGGUUAUUACAGAAUUAUCUUGUUUUCCUUUUACUAUGAAGGAAUAGCUGCUGCUGUCAUGUGUCUUCUAGGGCAAGAACACUAUUAUCUGCUGGCAUUUUAUGUCACAACAAACAUGAUAAUUGUGCAAGCUUCAUUUAGCUUGUUCAAUUUGCCUUUGGCAGAUAUUGUUGAUGCAGAUUUAAUAAAGCACAAGAGGAGGUUACCACUUUCCUCUAUGGUUUUUGGUACCAAUGCUUUAUUUACUAAGCCUGCCCAAUCUUUGGCUCCAAUGGUUGUGGUUACAGUACUAAAUCAUUAUGGAUAUUAUAACCUGAAUAAUGUACCUGGUCAUCCUGAUAUAAGGUCAUUUUUAGAUCUCCAUGAUGCCAUGUUCUACCUGGUCUGUCUGGUUCCCCUCUGCAUUGCAGUCCUACAGAUCCUGACCUGGACUUCCUUUUCCAUCCAGAACAGCCACCUGGCAGCUCCACAGUAAAUAUGGAACCAGUGGUCAGUGUAUCUCCUGCUGAACCACAAGAGAGUUCAGUAAGUUUUUCAUGUGAGAAAGCAAAAUUGCAAGAGGAAA